AUGAAGAGCCAGCUCCGCCAGAACCAGCAAGAUGAACUUGAUGCUCUUAUUAGCUGUAUUGGAGAAGAGUUCGUUUCUGUCAAGGACGACGAACAAAACCUACAAGGCAUCAUCUCGGUAGCCUUGGAUCCAUGUUCGAAGACGGUUUUGAUUUCUGCCGCUGAUGGAACAGCCUAUCGACAAUUCGAGACGGUGCAGCUUCCACCGGUAGACCUUCUCUAUGAACUACCCAUAAGUUAUCCUCACACGAAGGCGGCGAUCAUUGACGUCGAAUGUAUUUGGAUGCCGACCUCUAUGGUUCGUUUUGAAUUCAAUGCAUUUUUCUUUACUAUCCAUCUUUGA